GGCAACACUUUCCCAUUUUUUGGGAGAAGAAAAGGUGUCUGCGUUGAGGGAUCUGAUUAAAGUAAUAUCGGAAUCUGCAUUAAUCGGUAAAAAUAUUAGCUUUCCAAGAUGGGAAAGAUAAUGAAAAUUGGAAAAGUGGUGUUAGUACUAAAUGGAAAAUAUGCUGGUAGGAAGGCAGUCAUUGUAAAGAACAAUGAUGAAGGCACGUCAGACAAGCCUUAUGGUCAUGCUCUCAUAGCUGGUGUAGACCGUUACCCCCGUAAGGUGACAAGACGCAUGGGCAAGAAGAAGAUAGCCAAGCGAUCCAAGAUCAAGCCUUUCAUGAAAGUUUACAAUUACAAUCAUCUAAUGCCAACCAGAUACAUGGUAGACAUUCAGUUUGAUAAAUCUGUCGUAAACAAAGAGGUGUUGAAAGACCCGGGAAAGAGGAGAAAAGCACGCCGAGAGGUCAAGGCAAAGUUUGAAGAAAGAUAUAAGACAGGCAAGAACAGAUGGUUUUUCCAAAAACUACGAUUUUAAUUGUAAAAAUACCUCUCAAAUAAACAGAUUCUUCAUGACAUAGUUCAUAUGA